AUGAAUAGAUUUAAAAAGACAAGAUGCGAAGAAAUAAUAAACAAAUUGAUAUCUUUUCCAAUAUGCUAUCCAUUUCUCCAACUUAUUGACCCUGAGAGAGAUGGAGCGCCUGAUUACUAUCAAUUUGUAUCAAAACCAAUGGCUUUAGUAGAAGUAAAAAGAAAAUUAUCCGAAGAUAAGUAUAAAACAGUACAAGAGUUCAAAGAUGAUGUUGAAUUGAUAUGGGCAAACGCAAGAGCUUAUAAUGGUGAAGGAACUUUGUUUACAGACAUGGCUUUAGAGGCCAAAUACUGGUUUGACAAAAAGAUGAAACAUUUCCCAGAUACUCUCGAACAGGAAUGGACAGAAAAAGUUUUAUCUGUUUCUAAAAGAUUAUUUAAACUUACGGCACAUCCACCACCUGAGGUUGAUCCAACAGGUGAAUUGAAGAUUACUACACAAAGUGAUGAUGAAUUAAACGAUCCUUUGCCUCCUCCUCCACCACCUCAAAUUCCACAAGAACCACCUGCUGAAACCGAUAAAGAUAAAAAGCCAGAAGAAAACAUACCUCAGACUGCGGAAAAAGUCGAACAACAGCCUCAGACAACAAUUCCAGCAGCUCAAGCUGAAAUUAAAGCCGAAUAA